GAUGCAAGGUCUGCCCAUUGUUCCAAGAGUUUUGGGUUAAACAGACUACUAGCCGAAACAGUUUCACGCACCUGUUCCUCCUUUGGGCCAGAUGUGACUGGAGUCUCUGUACUCGGAGGUGUUGCCAUUGGAGGAGGUCUCACAAAAGGAAAUCCAUACCUUUGUAUUCGUAGAGGGAUUAUGCUGACUUUGAAAAGCCUCUCAGUGAAAACCGAACAAGGCAGAGCUAUUUUCCAGCCUACUAACCGGAUUAAACCGGAGGCAAGAACAAGCAUCAUGGAGCGAGCAAAAUCAGACGUGGAGAAGAAAGUGUCACGACUUGUGAAGUUCCUCCAAAACAAAAACAAGAUUCCAAGGGAUUCAAAGAGAGAGCUUCUUGCGAUUGCUACCGAUCUUCAAGAGCAGUGCCAAACUCUUUAUUCUACAAUUGAUGGUUUUCAGCAAGAUGUUGAUCCGAGAAGCGGUGGUGGCAGAAGAAAAGGGAAACCUCAUUCGUCGAGUUCGGAUUUAGAAUACUACUCUUCGGAGGAAAUAGAGAAUCUUGCUGAGCAAGAAAGCGAGAUCGAUGAGCUUAAAAGCAAGCUUGAAGCGUUGAGGAAUGAAGCUGAAGAGAAAGAGCGGGAACUGAGUUUGCGCGUGAAGGAGCUAGAACGAGAGCUAAGAGACGCGAAAGCCGAGUGUGAUCGAAAGGGAGAUUUAGAAGAAGAGAUUGCGAUGAAAGCUAGCGAGAGCACGAAAUUAGGAGAGAAGAACAAAGGGCUUAGAUCUCAGAUCUCUGGUUUGGAACUUGUUCUGAAAGAGACAGGAGAUGAGAUAUCAACGCUUGUGAACAAGUUUGGGAAGAGUGAGAUAGGUCUAACUUCGAGGAUCGAAGAUUUGAAGUGCCAGUUGAGAAACUUGGAGCAAGAAAUAGGUUUCCUUCGUGCACGUAAUGCAAAUUUGGCUGGAAGCUUUGAAGCUAAGAGAGUCGAGGAGAGAGAACGUGUCAAGGGUUUGAUGGAUCAGGUCAAUGGUAUGAAACAUGAGCUUGAGUCACUGCGGAGCAAGAAAGAUGAAUCCGACUCAAAGUUGAAGAACAAAGUCGGAGAAGGUGCAGAGACGAAUAUGCAACUGAAGAGCCUGAAAGAGGAAACAGAGGAACAGAGGAAGGAGAUUGAUCAUCUUAGAGGAGAAAAUCAGAAGCUGCAUGCAAGAAUCACAGAGCUCGGUUCAUUUGAGACGAAGAACGCUAAUGAACUAGUCGAAGAUGAAAGCAAGAAGAAACUGAACGUUCAAGAUUCUGAUCAGAAGAAACUGGUCAAGGAAAAAGAUGACACUAUUCGCAGGUUAUCGGCAAAACUCAAGCAACAAAAGGACACCAUUGACAAGUUCACUGAGGAUCUCAAGCAAUCGAAACGCUGGUCGUUAGGCUCAAGCCGGGAAUUGAAGCUGAAUCCAAGUGCCCUAGAGAGGAAAAUGGAGGAAUUGGCUGAAGAUUUCAGGAUGAAGAUUGAGGAUCAUAUUAGGAUACUGUACAGGAGGAUCCACGUAGCUGAACAGAUACACUUAGAGAGCAAGAACGCCUAUAUCAAAACACGAGACUUGGCUCAAGAAAACAGAGAAAACAGAGAAAGAUUGAGUUUUUACGAAACCCAUUUCAGGAAAAUCAAAGACGUCUGGGAAAAUGGGUACGAGAGAUCGAUGAAGAAGCUAGAAGAAGGAGAGGAACACACGAACAGAGUUGCUAGAUUAGCCGAAGAGAUUGAUUCAGCAAAGAUUUGGGUGCGCGAGAAGAAGAGCGAGUCAGAGACUCUAGCCGCAAAGCUAGAAUGCAGAGAGGCUCAAGAAACUUUGUUGAAAGAGAAGUUAUCUAAGCUAGAGAAGAAGCUUGCGCAAGAAGGAAAAGAGAAACUGCGUAUAGCAAAGGUUUUGAGCAAAUAUGAAGUGAGAAACAAAGAGCUUGAGAUAUAUGUGAAGGGACGAGAAGUUGAAUUGUUGAGCUUAGGUGAAGAGAAGAGAGAAGCCAUAAGACAACUCUGUAUUCUUGUGGAUUAUCAACGAGAUCGAUACGAUGAACUCAAGAAAUCAUCAUCAAUCUUAAAAAUUUCUCAAAAUACCUAAUCUUCUUUGUUUUUUUUUCCUGUUUUUUUGUUCCACAAACUGAAUUUUCUCACAUGAUUUUCUUGUAUAUAUUUAUAUAAAAAGUAAUAUUAACAAAUCAUUUUAUUU